AUGCAAGACCUUGGGGUUUGUGAAGACAUUAUUUGCCAUGAUGAUUUUAAAAUACCUGAUGUUGAUAAAACAUUUUGCAACUUUGAAGAACUAUUUGGGGGUGAUCAAGAUCCAAUUGGAGCCUAUCUUGAUGGGAAUGAUUCGUCAUGCUUCUAUAUUGAGGAGGAUAUGGCUAUUGAGAAAUCCAAUAAUAGCAAUGGAAGAGCAAGGAAGGUUAGGAAUGAGGAAAGUCAAGUUCUUAUUUGCAUAGAUGGACACAUGACUAAUGGCUUAGGCUUUUGGAUUCAAGGCGUUGUCCAUCCUAUAUGCAUGUCUCUACACAAUCGUUCUGUUCAUAUUGGCAAUGAUAAGGAUCCUUCUAACCAAGCUUAUAACUUUUCUAGAAGUCUUGAUUCUCCUUGGACAAUCAGAUCUCCUGAUGUUAAAAGCAGGAGUAAUGAAUAUCCUGAUAGUGAACUUUUACAAUAUUUCACUGAUGUUGAAGCACCAUGCUAUUCACUUGAUCUAGAGAGUGCACAUACAGAGGCUCAAGAAAAUGCAAUGAUAAAGUAUAAAGAGAAGAAAAGUCUCGGAUGUAAGUAG